UUGAAGCAAUCGAGCAGGAUUUGAAUUUUGUAGCGCGAUGCGCGAACGUUACCCUUCUAGUGUUCCUAAUACGUUUGAUGUACAUAGUAGGUGUUUUAACUAAUUAAAAUCACGUGCUAUUUAGUGAGAAGUUUAAGUUUAGGAGCUGUGGACAAUAACUUUGUGUACAUAUCAAACGACAACGAAAGAUCGUAUCCGAGGACAGGAAUAAUAUACAAAAUGAUGUCGGCGGCCCACGUCUCCGGAUUACUACUAAUUUUAGUGAUAAACUCAAUUUUGCCAUGGAUGUGUUCAUCAAGUGCCAUUCCUUGUCCCACCGUUUGUUCGUGCUUCCUCGACGCGAGAGGAAGAAAAGUCGUCGCGUGUAAUCAGGGCGGUUUAACCGCGAUACCCUUUAAGGAGAUGGAAUCUCGAAUCGAAGUAAUCAACGUUUCUGCGCCCGAAUAUAACUUAAACACGCUAACGAUGGAUCCAACGAUACAAGACUUUAAAUUACUAGAAGAAAUUCAUAUAACGCGUUCGAACAUACCCGAGCUCGGCGUGCACUUAUUUUGGAACCUAAAAAAGUUGAGUGUGCUAAAUCUUUCGCAGAACAACAUCACGCAACCCUUAGACGCGAGUUUUCGCGGUUUGGGCAACCUGAAGGAACUUUAUUUGGACGAUAACAGAAUACAUUCGUUGCCCAGUGGAACGUUCCGAUAUCUCUUGUCAUUAAAAAUCUUAUCGCUACAGAGGAAUCGAAUCCACGAGAUGAUGCCGAGAAUGUUUGAGGAAUUGGGGAAAUUGCAGGUUUUGAAAUUAAGCGGAAAUUAUCUUAGGGAAUUGAAUCCCGAAUCGUUUAAGGAUGUUUUGAAGGAUCUCCGAGUGUUAGAAUGUCAGGGGUGCUCGUUACACAAAAUUAAUACGCAAGUGUACGGGUAUCUGCCGCACUUGACCCACCUCGAGUUGGGUUACAACGAAUUGGAGACGCUAUCGACGCAGGAUUUCGCCAAUUUGACCAAUUUGAAAUACAUAGGUCUCGACGGCAAUAAGAUAUCGGCCUUGUCGGACGACGUAUUUAUUCACGCGAGAGGAUUGAAAAAAAUUAAUUUAUCGAAAAGUCGCAUAUCUCGCGUUAGUCCUAAGACAUUUAGUAAUCUAAACAAUUUAACCGAACUGGAUUUAAGUUAUAAUAAAUUGGAGAACGUGGAGAAUACUGUACUGGAGCCUAUCGCCGGGAACUUGCAGAAGUUGUUAUUAAGCGGUAACCACAUAUCAAUGCCGAACUUAAAAUCGUUAAUGAAAAGUGUUCCGCUGCUGAGAAAUUUGCAGCUGGCCGAAGCGGGUAUAUACGAUAUACCCCCGGAUGUCUUCCCAGAAAAACUCAGUGUUUUAAAUUUAUCCGGAAAUUUCCUAACGGUAUUAUUUCCUGAUGCCAUACCCGCGACUCUACUUGAACUGGAUUUGUCAAAGAACCGUUUCGGUGGCCUAUCGGAAGCAUUCCUACAACGGGUCGAGUACAUAAUACGACUAAAUUUGGACAAAAAUCCGUGGGCAUGCGAUCUGUGCCACAUCGUUCCAAUGCUUGAGAGAGCGAAUGUAAGCAGCAUAUUACGGGAAGUUAAAUGUAAAUACCCUUACCGACUUGAGGGAAUGCUUUUAGGCGAGCUGCGUUCGAGUGAUUUAAAUUGGUGCAGUACCCCAGAGUUUUCCGGAGACGCCAAUUACUUCCUAACUGGAAACGAAGACGGAAAAGUAGGAAUAACGGCGGCCACCGCCGCUAUUUUAUUAUUACUUCUAGCCGGAAUUGUUGCGCUAAUAGUGUUCUGUCACGGGAAAAUGCACGCUGCCAUUUAUUACACAAAUGAAGAGAAGCGCACGGCGGAAACGGAGGCGAUUUUCGAUAACCAAAGCGCAUUGUUCAGCGACGAGAAGGAAUUGAGUUUUAAAUUUCCUGUAGACUAUCCUCAAAAGAAAAUCGCAAUUGCCACGAUCGAUGAGGAAUUAAAAAAGGAGCCAAUCAUGAACGAAGCGUAAUUUUUAAGUGCGUGACGCUCCUCGGGCUAGAAAACUUAUACUGUGUUGUAAUUGAAUCGAUUUGAAAUUUUGUGCUUUAUGUGAGUCAUGUGGUGAUAGCAAAUUGGUAACGAAAAUACGCGAGGAGCACUCGAAUAACAUUUUCAAUCCAAUAAGUCGAGAGCACAAGCAUCCCCUUAUUUUAUAUUUCCUCCAAUAUAAUGGGACCAUUAAGUUAUUUUUGUUUUUGUUUCCCUGAAUAAAAACAGAGUACCUACCACUUACAGUUUCUUCUUCGCGCGAGAGAAGUUCUAAAUUAUGCCCUGCCUAUACAAAAUCACACCCUUGGGGUGUAACACGAUUUAAAUUAUUUUUCUAACAAAGGAAGUUAUUUAUUUUGUAUUAAUACUUGUAGAUAUACUCAAAUGUGUUGGUUUAUUUUUUGUAAAAUACUUGUACUUUUAAGACUGAAACGAACAUAUUGCGUAAUCAAAUUUUAUUUAAAGUACAGUGCUAUGGAAGGUGAAAAGGAAUCAAAGGAAUUAUAGAUGCCUACCUCGAAAUAUUUUUUUAUAUACAAACUUUAUUUUAAAUACUUCCAUUCUACAUAUAUAUUUAUAGUCGAUGGGUGUUUCACAAAUUUAUAUUAGCGAUAUUUAGAGGUACUUAAAGUAUGUGAAAUGUUGCAAAUGCUUCUAUUUUAAGUCAUUGUGAUUCGUAACAUUGUAAGAUAAAGUCGAUAGUUUUCUAUAAAUGAUAUAUUUAUAAUUUUUUAGUUAAAUGCAUAGAAUAUCGUACGUCUUUUUUGCAUUUUAAAUGUAGCAAUUAAGGAUAGUUCCGGCCUCUUAUUGUUAAUAAAUUUACCUGUUUCUUA